UUGUUUUGUCCACAAACCAAAAUGAUCCAGUUUUUUUUUAAUCUUUUUGUCUAAUCAUUUAGACAAAAAUUUAAAGAAAAGAUACAGAAUAGUUGCUGUGUUGAAAGACAUCGAUAUAUAUGUCGUAAAAAUUGAGAAACUGGAUAUAUCUCAUCCCUAUAAUGCACUGGAAUGUUUGUUUUACAAGUUUGGAAAAAGCCAGAGAGGACAAUAUUCUGGACCUUCAACUUCCCAAUUAACUUCCAUUCAUCUUACUCCAGAGAGUCACUGAAGGUUUACAAGAGCCUGGAGGGAAACAAACAGACGUAAUGUGGCUUUGUGACAGACAUUCAACUCAGGAUGGAUCCUUCAUUACCAAACAAGGUGGAAGAGAAUACCAGCAGCUUCUGUGUCUGUGCUCCAUUAAAACACUGAUUUUCUCUUUGGACUUUGGUACAGAAGAGUGAGCUGAUUACAAACGCUCACUGCUGUGAACAGCAUCCACACAGUGGCUUUUAAAAACCUUGUUGGUACAUCAGCUUCCUAACCCGUUCACCUUCUGGGAGACUUCAGCUGCUCGUGGGUAAAAAGUGCAGGCAAAGAAAAAGCAAAAGGUGUGAAGAAAACCAGUCCCUGAUGAAUCGCUCCUGUAUGCUCCUGCAACUCCAUGGUCACGAUUGGACACAACACUUGCCUGUAUAACUAACUUGGAGACGGUCUGCAGAGAUAGAGGAAGACUCAUGUUGUUGGGCAUACUAAAGACAAGCAGAAGGUCCUGUGAGCCAUCAUUUGCAGAGCGUGGCAGAAAGGUCAUUUGACAAAAGAAUGGUUUGUCCUUUCCCUGCCUCCUUUGAAUUACUGAUGAAGUUUUCAUGAUGGCCAAAGAAAUACCAUAGACGCUUUGAAGGAUGAACUUUCCAAACCACUGGUUUGUUCUGGAGGGAAAAGCCACUGAAGAUCAAACAAACUCACCUUCAGUAAAAUCAGCUGGCCUUUUCUCAGUUCAAAGAUUCUGCUUCAGGAGGGAAAACCAGUCAUGACUUUCCAAGGAACUGGAUCGCAGAAGAUAUUUUUUUAGCCCAGACUGUUCCACAGAAUAAUUUUUGGACAGCUUAGAGUUGAAAAACGUGCACAGACUUUUUGAAGUGACAUGCCUGGAAGUGAAAUGGGAAGUUUCCCCCUACUUCCCAGACUGGGUGUGCCAAUCUAGUGUAUUUUGUUGUUUCUAUAGAAAAGAUCUGCUUUUUGGAGUCUUUUUUUCUUGUUUCCCGAGGUCAUACUUUGAUACAUUAUCAGAAACUCUAUAAGGUCGGGCAGAUCUUCGAAGAGAAGGAGAAUGAUGGACAAUGUUAUAAAACAAGCCGUUAAUCUGCAGGGGGUAGACAGCCAAUAUGCUCCAUGACCUGCCAUGUUCACAACGUAACUUUAGAUUGAUUUGUGAUCACAUGGAUUAAUGUUCUAGUCCUCACACAUAGUUUUUCAUUUUUUUUAAGUUUGCCCAGUGAGAUUUGAAUGGCAUAAAACUACAACCAAAAAAACUGUCUUUGUCUUUAUGUAUUUUUUAUAUUACCUAUAGAUCCAGGUUGGAUAUCUUUUUUCCUCUCUUUUUUUUAAUGAAAAUGGCUCCCUUUUGUACAACAGGACCUUGGACACUGUUGGCAGCUUUGGGUUUUCUUAGCUGCUGUAACUUUGGUUGGUGUGAGACAUCAAGGACUAGUGGUUCAACCACAGGAGAGAGAAACCAAGAGCAAGGACCCUCAUCACUUGAACGAGUUAAGAGGGGAUGGGUGUGGAACCAGUUCUUUGUGGUGGAGGAGUACACGGGCACGGAGCCACUUUAUGUAGGAAAGAUUCACACGGACUCAGAUGAAGGCGAGGGCAACAUCAAGUACACCAUCUCUGGGGAAGGGGCAGGCUCCAUCUUUAUCAUUGAUGAGCUAACAGGAGACAUCCAUGCCACAGAGAGACUAGACCGCGAGGAGAAGGCUUUUUACACGCUCCGGGCUCAGGCCCGGGAUCGACUCUCCAACGACCCUCUGGAACCAGAGUCCGAGUUUGUCAUCAAAGUCCAGGACAUAAACGACAGUGAGCCCAAGUUCUUGGAGGGACCAUAUAUCGGCAGUGUGGCAGAGCUGUCACCCAUAGGAACGUCCGUUAUGAAGGUUACUGCAUCAGAUGCCGAUGACCCUACGUACGGCAGCAGUGCCAGAGUGGUGUACAGCGUACUGGAUGGCGAAAGGUUUUUCACUGUUGAUAAACACACUGGGAUCAUCAUGACAGCAGUGGCAGAUUUGGACCGUGAGACACAGGAUCGUUAUGAGUUGGUCGUCAAGGCAACAGACAUGGCAGGACAAAUGGGCGGUCUCUCUGGCUCCACCACGGUGACCAUAGUGAUCACAGAUGUUAAUGACAACCCGCCGCGCUUCCCACAGAAGAUGUACCAGUAUUCAGUAUCAGAGGGAGCAGCACUUGGGACACCAGUUGGACGCGUCAUUGCCACGGACGCAGACAUGGGAGAGAACACGGACAUGAGCUAUCUGAUCAAAGAGGGAGGGGAUCUUUUCAAGGUCACUACUGAUGUCGAGACACAGGAAGCCAUUGUUGUCAUCAAAAAGCCACUGGACUUUGAGAGCAAGCGCACACACAAUGUCGUGGUGGAGGCAGUAAAUAAACAUGUUGAUCCUCGCUUCCAAAACCUGGACACCUUCAGAGACCAGACCAUUGUGCGAGUCAGCGUGUCAGACAUGGAUGAGCCGCCCAUCUUUCACCCGGCAGAGGGCACUAUCAUGGAAGUACAGGAGGACACCAAAGUGGGGGCGCUGGUUGGGAUCGUCACUGCCAGAGAUCCAGAUAUGAAGAAUAAACCCGUCAGGUUCUCCAUUGAUCGAACCACAGACCAGGAGAUGAUCUUCCAUAUUGAUCCUGAUUCAGGGGCUAUCACGCUGAGCAAGAUUUUGGAUCGCGAGACGGCGGGCUGGCACAAUAUCUCUGUGAAGGCUGUAGAAGCAGAUAACCAUACUAUGGCCUCCCACUCAGCAGUGAGUAUUCGGAUUUUGGAUGUUAAUGACAAUCCUCCUGAACUGGCCACACCGUACGAAGCCUCUAUAUGUGAAGAUGCCAAACCAGGCCAGCUAAUUCACACCAUCAGUGUGGUCGAUAGAGACGAACCACAAUCUGGACAUCGUUUCUACUUCACCCUGGCCCCCGAGGCAUCUAGCAAUCGACACUUCACCCUCUGGGAUGUUAAAGACAACACAGCUGGCAUCCGGACCCAGAGGUCAGGCUUCAACCGGCAUGAGCAAAAUGUGUAUUUCCUCCCCAUCUUGGUGGUCGACAGUGGGCCUCCCUCCCUCAGCUCCACAGGCACGCUGACCAUUCAUGUCUGUGGCUGUGACACAGAGGGAGCCAUCCAAUCCUGCAACGCCACAGCCUAUGUAAUGAGUGCUGCGCUCAGCCCUGGGGCACUUAUAGCACUACUGGUCUGCAUGCUCAUCCUUAUUGUCCUCGUCUUGUUGAUCCUGACCCUGAAACGCCACAGGAAAGGCCAGAGGAUGGCAGAGGAUGAGGAGGACAUGAGGGAUAACGUCAUCAAGUACAAUGACGAGGGCGGAGGGGAGCAGGAUACACAGGCGUACGACAUGAGUGCCCUGAGGAACCUCUAUGAUUUCCCAGAGGCCAAGAACUGUGAAUCCGGCGCGGACAUUCGCUCGCUGCCACAGUGGGUACAAGCGAGCCGAGCGGCUGGAGGUGCGGAGGGAGCUACGGCAGCGAUGGCGGACUUCUCCCUAUUUAAAGGCUAUAUCCGAAAGAAAGUGGAGCAGGCUGAUGCUGACCUGUCAGUCCCGCCAUAUGACUCCUUUCAGACGUAUGCCUUUGAGGGCACCAGUUCCCCGGCGCUCUCACUCAGCUCCAUCCACACGCUGUCCACCACGUCAGAGCAGGAUUUCUCCUACCUCAGCGACUGGGGACCACGUUUCAGGCAACUGGCAGGGUACUACGCUCCAGGAAACCCUGAGGAGGAAGGAUCCUAGCAUAGCUUCUCCCCUGCUGAGAGACAUAUGAACCCCCUCUCCUUCUUCUCAUUCUCUGCCUCCUCUUGUUACCCCCUGGCACUCUAUCGAGAUUAUCAGAGCCAGCACUGUGUACUCAAAACAGAGCACAGCUUCUUUAUUUCUUUGAAAGAAAGUUACCAGUGUCAAAGUUUGAACUCCGAUUUUUUUUGAUGGAAAGCUAAUCACUCACCAAAACGUGUGAGGAGACGACCGUCUUUUAUUUCAUCUCCCAUUAAAGAGAAUCCUUAUUUUAAGCUGUAAGACUGUUUUCAAGGUUUAGAGAGUUUAAAAAAAAAGAAGAAGAAGAAAAAAGUCAAACAUGACAAACAUGUAUUUAUUUAAGGAGGGGAAUAUUUAUGUAUUUAUUUGUUUUUAUAUAUUUAUUUAUUUAUUCACGCCAUGGUCGUGGGUUUGUAACAGUGGACUCUGUCGAAGUGCUGAAGAAAACGGGAAGAGAGGAGGACGCCAUGACAGUCGGAGUGAGAGACAACAAAGAACAAAGAAAGGACUCUUGGGGGCAGAGGACUCAACUCCCGCUGUCGCAGAAGUGCCGUCUGGGUCGUGAAGAAAUGACAUUCUGGAAAAUAUUUGUAUUUAUUUUCUAUGACCAGUUUUGUAAAAUAACCAACUUAAGGCUGAUAAUGAAAAGCAAAGCAUUCAGCGCUGAAUGGUUGAGGCUGACAUACUUUUGCUGUAUUUUGGUGAUUUAUUAAGAAUGUUUUUUGAAGGUCACAAACUGCAGACAACUGUGUGUUAACAAUUUCUUUUCUUAUCCUCUCCACGGCCAUUUGUAAGGCAAUAAGGCACAAACUGCAGCAGUGAUUUAAGACUAAUCAAAAUGACAGUUUCAUGGAAUUGGCCGCUGGCCAGCUUUGUCCCGCAGACAGCCAAUCUUCAUUCCAGAUGCGUGUGUGUGGGUGUGUGUGUGUGUGUAUCUGUGUGCAUUCAUUCAUUUUAUAUCCUAAGAUGUUUGUUUAUGCUUUUGAUAUUUUUUUCUUUCCUUUUGGGGAAUAACAACAUAAUGUUUUGUGUCUAAUUAAGCGGGAGUGGUUUGAGGAUAAUAUGUGAUUAAUGGACUGGUCUGAUCCAACUGUUGUCCACAAAUUAUUCAAUGUUGACCUUAACUUGAAAAUGUAUUGAAAAUGAAAAAGAAAAAAAAAAAGAUUUAAAUGAAUAAAUACUUAAUUUUUUGGUUAAAAAACACCUUACAUCUCAGUGUAACACUCUGUGGUUUACGUGGAGAAAGUAAAGCCAUGAUCCAUUUGUGUCACAUGUCACCUUAGUUAUGAAUAAUCCUGUGUUUACACCAGGGCUGGAUUCAGAGAAUAGGACGGAAACAAACAGACAGAAGUACAGGCCAGAGAAAGUCUCCCCCUCUCACUGUGACUUCCCCUCUCUGCCUUCUGUCAGACUACUAGAGGAUGUUGAAGCGUAUGAAGUCGCUAUCAUCUUUAUGAUCUGCCGCUACAACGGACAGUCGUGCAGGGCCUUUCAUAUUCAAUCGCUUUCAUAACUGGCUUUUUUUUUUUUUUUAAAUGUGUCACUAGUAUCCACUAAUUGUUUGCAGAGAACUGACAUUGAACUGUGUUUCAAACACAAAUAAUCUGACAGACUGUUGGUGUUCUCUCACUGAGCUGAAGUUCCAGCAACUUGGAUAAUUUCCCGAUAAGUGUAAUUGAAUAAAUAUAUGAGGAGUAAUUACUGUAAGUUAAAGCUGGAACUUAAACUGAUUUCACAGUUUAAAUCCUUUUUUGCAUUAGCUCCUUUAUCAGUUUACAACAUACUCUGUUAUUGAGCUGCGUUGCUUGAGUGUAUGUAUGUAUGUAUUCAUGUAACUUUGCCAAGAGAUGAUUUAGCCAUCCAUUAUUAAUCAUCGCCUUUAGCCUCACUGCAUUUGCGAAUGGACCAGCAAAUGGCAUCAUGGUCUGGGUGAAUAUGAUUGACUGUAUAU